AUCAUCAUCAUCAUCAGUAUCCUCAUCAUGUACAGCAACAACAACAGCUGCACAUUGAUCAAUUCAAUGAAAAUGAUGAAUUCGGCGAGGUGCAUAGAAAAUGUCUCCAAACAAAAAUGUCACAUUCCAUACAAUUGACUGCAUCGAUUGAUAAUGUAUUGCCAAUGAUGAAUGCGUCACCACAUUAUCAUACACAACAUUCUUUAAGUGGAUGUUCCGAUCAAAAUAUACAAACAGUUAGAAUGUCACAAGAUUGUUCUGAUUGUCAUAGAAGGAAUCAAUCGACAAGUCGAAAAUAUCGUUCAUUAGAUGUUCAACAAAUUUUCCCCAAUGAUCUGUAUACAAAUUUAGAUAAUCAACAUAGCGUGAACAGUGUAUCGUCGGUGAAAGCUGACGACAAAGAAACUUCGAUUGAUUCCAUUGGAAAUGGUUUACCAACCAUGAAUUUAAUUGAAACAGCGAAUUAUGUUCAAUCAAGAAGGCGAACACGUAAAUUGGAAUUGAUUUUCUCGAAAAAAUCAAAUCAUAUGAAUAAUUCAUCAACUGUUGUGGAUCAGCCAAAAACUGAUGAACAGUGUCUGAAUAAGAAAUCAGAAAUCACAAUAUUUAAUAGUAAUUAUCAAGAUAAAAGUGAAACGAACAAUAAAACCCCUAAUCCAUUUGGAACAUGUACAACUGAUGUCAAUGAUCAGAAUGUUUCCACAAUUUUUGUCAAUGACAAAAUACAAAUUGUCAAUAAAUCCAAUGUGGAACAAACUAAUCUCAGUAGUUGUUCAUUGUCGACAUCGAAUGCAGAUUCGAUUAAAACAAAUGAUUUAUCAUCAAUAGAUCAGUCAACAAAUUCCAGUGUUAAAACAACAACACCAACAGCAUCGGCAACAACAAUAAGAACACCACCUUAUGUACCAGUGAAAUGGAGACGUGCUAAACUGGAGAAAAAUAAUUUACAUUGUAAUACAGAUGCUAAAAUUAUUACAAUACGUCGUCGAUUAGAAAACACUGGAGUGAAUACAUGGAAUACUAAAUCGCAUACAACGACUACAUUGAAUAAAUUAGAACACAAUCGAUCCAAUAAUUUAACAUUGAAUACCAAUAUGAAAUUUAUCAAUCCUUCAAUUAAUUAUAUCACACCAAUCAAACAAAAAAGUCGUCUAACAAUUAGUAAAGAAACUUUUACCCAAUCUCAUGAUACAUAUGAAUUCAACAACAAUAGUACUACUACUAAUACUACUAAUACUACUACUAUUACUACUGCUACAAUGAAUCAAUGUAAUGAUGUGGCAAUUCAACAAAAACCAUAUGAUUUCACAGAAUUAAAUGAAAAUGAACUUCGAAGUCAUUUAAAGAAAAUCAAUGAAGAAUUGUUGUUAGAACAAUCUCGUCGAAAUCAUUUAGCAAGUAUAUGUGCUGAUCUGAUGGAAGAGAAUCGUAAACUUCGUGAUGGUCAAUCAAACAAGAUGAUUCAACAACAACACGAACAACAACAAGAACAACAAAUUGUAACCACUGAUCAUACAACUCUUACUUCAUUAUUACCAGAUCAAUCAACUGGAUCAAUGUAUAAAAAUUAUAAAAAUAAAAAAGUAAAAUUAAAUUUUAUCAAUGGGAAAAUUAAACAAAUCAGUAGUAAUUCAAGUAUAUGGAAAAAAUCUAAAGUGAAAUCGCAUAUUUGUAAUCAUGAAUCAGAUAUUUGUAAAUGAAAAGAAAAAAAAACUAAACUAUAUACAUAUAUACAUAUAUAUAUAUAUACCUG